UAGCUACUACGAUGUUUUUCUCGUGUGUUGAUGAGACCCGAGUAAACAAUGUUAAGUUUUUUUGGAGCAUUAUGAUUUACUGAACAAUCUUUCGGAAUUGAUAUUAUAUUUUUGAGAUGUCUUCGUCAACGGGAUGUGACACUCUUCGUGUUCUCCACCUGCCCCCCUACAUAAGCGACGAAAAACGCGACGAGUUAUUCAAGAAGUAUGGAGCCCUCAACACCAAGACAAUUAGAAAGUCCGACAAAUACUCCGCAACAUUCGUCAAAUUCCCGUCAAAUGAGGCUGCAACGAAGGCGUUUCUGCAGCUGCAUCAGCUGGAGGUCAAGGGCCAGCAUUUGUCGAUAGAAUUUGCCAAGAAGUCGAUGGAGGCUGAGCUCGAUGGUGAGACUGAGAACUCUGAAAGUAUCCUCGGGAAUGAGGGCGGAAAUUCUGAGAAUUCCGAGCCGUUUCAAGCAUUCAUAAAAAAACUGAACAGCUGGACGACGAAUUAUACUUUCUCACAGCCACCACCGCCCAAUAUAUCGUAUAAAUAUCCCCUGCCGACCAGGAAUACUCUCAUAAGGAUAGCCAUUCAGCUGAUUAGGGAGCCUGCCUUUUAUACUCAAGUUCUGCAUCUGAUGAAUAAGAUGAAUCUCCCUCCACCAUUUGAAGAGCUGGAUGAAGAAUUUCCUACGCUGAGAGAAGUUUAUGAUGUGGAGAAUUAUCGAGAUAUUUUCGGAAGAAUGAGUACUGAGACUGAAGACGUCGAUGAAGAUGAUGAAGAAUCAGAAAUGGAGUCUGAGGACGAGAAAUCGAAACCAGAGAUGAUCCCAGCGAAAAGACGGUUUCCCCAAACAAAGAGGCGUUUAAAAAUUCCUAAAUUUGUGAAUCCACUAAACCAACCAGUUCCCACAACAUCUAGCCAUAAGACUAUAAGACCAGAGGAUGUAUUUGAAUCAAUGAAUCUCGGAGAUGCAAAGAACCUGAAAAUAGAUUUGAAGAACGUGGAGAAAUUGGUGGAUCCUGAGAGUAAUAAGACUGACUCAAGGGUUUCGUGUGAAGAGGUAGAAGAAAGUGGAUUUGGUCUGAUAUUUCCAGCGAAUAUUCGUGAUGGAGAGACGGAAGAGGAACAGAAGAGCGAGUUCAUCACGUCUGAAGAAUUGGCUGCCAACAGAAUUUCAGCGAAUGACCAAAGAUUACUUCCAGUAUACCAAAAUUAUCAUCCGGGCAAGGCGUCAUGCAGAUUGUACAUAAAAAAUCUGUCGAAACACGUGGAAUUGACCGAUCUUCAUUAUAUCUACAAGAGAUAUGUGUUACCAGGGCUGAACAACUCUGAAUCGCAAUACGACGUUCGACUGAUGCAAGAAGGAAGAAUGAAGGGACAAGCCUUCGUUACAUUCCAGAACAUGGGACAAGCUCAGUUAGCAUUAAACGAGACCAAUGGAUACAUCUUGAAGGACAAACCCAUGGUUGUUCAAUUUGCUAAAGCUGCCAAGAGCUAACAUUUCAGUUAAUUUUAAGUGUCUAUGAAUAAUUUGUAUAUAUUGCUAUAAAUAAAUUAUUUUCA